AGUGAGCUUCCUCUGCACGUUGUUUAUAUCAUUGGCAGAGCCUAUAGUUGGAAAGGGGUCUGAGUGACAACUGGACUUUGUAUGAAAACACCAACCUGGGACAGACCUUCAGUCAAGGCUGAGACGGGGGUGGGGGUUUACAUAAUUUGACCUUGCCUUUAACUUGGAUCAUGAUUGGCUUUGAGGCUAAGGCAGGGGCAGAGGAGGGGCUGGGGCUGGCCUGAAAGCUGGAAUCAGUGGCCCUGUCCACACUAGAGCCAAGGCUAAGAUCCAAGCCAAGGCAGUGGCUGAGGCAGAACUGAAAACAAGACCAGUGACCCAGGUCAAGGCUGAGGAUGGAGCAGUGGCCAGGACACAGACAGUGACCUACACUGAGGCCGUGGCUAUGACAAGGGAAGUGAGCAAGAUGGAAGCUAUGACUAAGACUAGAGACAUGGCUGAGAUUAAGGCAAAACCCGUGGCCAAACCUGGUAUAGUGUCCGAAACCAAGUCAAAGGCCGUACCUAUAUCCAGAGUCAGUGCUGGGACUAAGUAUGAAGUCAAGGCUGGUGCUGGAAGUGAAGCCAGUAUCAAGUCCUUUGCCAAAGCUGAUGAUAAAGGCAAUAUUGGGUCCAGAUCCCAAAGGAGGAGAGAGGCCAGCAUCAAGUUGAGGGCUGGGGACAGGGCUGGUAUUGUAAUCAAGUCCAGUGAUGAGGAUGAAGAAAAUGUCUGCUCUUGGUUUUGGACUGGAGAAGAGCCUAGCGUAGGAUCCUGGUUCUGGCCUGAAGAAGAGACCUCUUUCCAAGUUUAUGAGCCUCCACCUAAGAUCGAGGAAAAGCCCGAGCCCACACCCAAACCCAAACCUGAACUCACUAUAAAGCAAAAAGCAGCAGCGUGGUCAAGGGCCAGGUAUUGUGUCCUAGUCCCAGUAGAGGGAGGGCAGGGAUCCUUGCCUCCAGAGGGGAAUUGGACUCUGGUUGAGACUUUGAUUGAAACUCCUCUGGGGAUUCGGCCUCUGACCAAGAUCCCACCCUAUAAUGGCCCUUACUUCCAGACCUUAGCUGAGAUCAAAAAACAGGUUAGGUAUAGGGAAAAGUAUGGGCCCAAUCCAAAAGCCUGCCGCUGCAAAUCACGUGUUUUUAGUUUAGAGCCUAAAGAGUUUGAUAAACUCGUUGCCCUACUUAAGUUAACUAAGGAUCCUUUUAUUCAUCAAAUAGCUACAAUGAUAAUGGGCAUCAGUCCUGCUUAUCCAUUUACUCAAGAUAUAAUUCAUGAUGUAGGUAUUACUGUUAUGAUUGAAAACUUGGUCAAUAAUCCCAAUGUUAAAGAACACCGCAGAGCUUCAAACAUGGUGGAUGACAACUCUGAGUCUUCUGCAGGACCAAAUACAGGAGAAUCGUACAUAAAUCAAGUUUGUAAGGACAUAACCUCUUAUCCCUUGAACUCCCCUUUGCAACUGGCUGAACUAAAAUUAUUAGUGCAACUGAGUGUAAAAUUUGAGGAUCAUCAUACGAUUGUCAGUUACAUUCCAGAUUUCCUCACCUUGUUAAACAAGGGAAGUGUCAAAACCAAGUUUUAUGUUUUAAAAGUGUUUUCACGCUUGUCUAAAAAUCAAGCCAAUACAAGAGAACUGAUCAGUGCCAAAGUACUUUCAUCAUUGGUUGCACCCUUUAACAAAAAUGAGUCAAAGGCCAAUAUUCUUAAUAUCAUUGAAAUAUUUGAGAAUAUAAAUUUCCAGUUCAAAAAGAAGGUGAAGCUAUUUACCAAGGAAGAGUUCACUAAAUCUGAACUUAUUUCCAUAUUCCAGGAAGCAAAAGAGUUUGGUCAGAAACUACAAGACUUAGCAGAGCACAGUGACCCUGAGGUGAGAGAUAAAGUUAUACGAUUAAUACUCAAACUCUGAAUAGCUGUAUGUUCUCACAAAGCUUGAACAAUUUUUUGGUAUUGUAAUAUGAAACCAAUGCAUAUUAUAAUUAUUUCAGUAUUUAUGCUCUGUGUUGAUUGAAGGAGCCAAUUUUACAGGUACCAAAUGAUCUUGAGAAUUUGAAUAUUUGUUGAUUUUUAUUGUGCUAUGUAAAUUGAGAUAUUUUUAGUAUUUCUGCAACAUGACCUGAUAAUGAAUUUAUUCAUCCUGAGUAAGCUAUACUUCUGUGCUUUAUAUUGACAUAGGUGUAUUCAUUUGAGACUUCAUUUACAUGUUAAUAAACUUGCAUGCUAAAACUGGUGAAAA